UCAAUUUUCUCAACAACAAAUCAAACCUCAAAUUCACUUCACAAUUUCUAAAAGCCAUACAUACAUAUCUUGGCAUUUGAGCCAAACUACUAAUUAAUUAUUUCUUGAAGUUGUUUAAGCAUGGACAUGGUGAUGAAGUUGGGAACAUCAAGCUCGGUGGUGAUUUUCACCAAGAAUAGUUGUUGUAUUUCUCACAGCAUCGAAACCCUAAUACGUAGUUUUGGUGCAAACCCUAUAAUUUACGAGCUCGAUACACAUCCAAAUGGGAAGCAAAUGGAGAAGGCAUUGAUGGAGCUAGGGUGUCAACCAAGUGUGCCAGCAAUAUUUAUAGGGAAAGAGUUAGUUGGUGGUGCAAAUGAGAUAAUGAGCCUUAAUGUGAGGGGCAAGCUUAAACAAUUGCUCAUUAGAGCUAAUGCCAUUUGGGUAUAGAAAAUUAAUUAAUAAUGACUUAAUUGAAAGUGUAGGAGUUUAUACAACUAAAUAAUCUUCUUUUUUAAAAAAAAAAAAUUAAAAAAUAUCGAUCUCUCGAGGUCAAAUUUUUAAUUUUGACAAUAAACCAACCCCAUUUGUAAAGUUUCUUUUAGCUUCUUCAAAGGGUUACUUUGUUUUUUCUCCCAUUUUAAGUUGCUUUUUGAUGUACAAAUUUUGUAAUAUAGUUUGGCAAUUUUACUUUGUAUGCAAGAAAUAAAGAAGUUGAUAACAAAUGACUAUCUUUUAUGUA